GGCCCCGAGAAGCAGACACAGGCUACGGGACCCGGAGGGCCUCAGGUGCCCCGCUGCUGGUGGCGGUGCGCGCCCCGGGGCGGCCGGUCCCGAGUGCCCAAGGCGGCCUCACGCGGACUGGGCUCUCCCGGAUCGCUGCAACAGGUGGGGCCGGGAGGCGGCUAACCGGCGAUUGCCACUCCCUGUCCCUUCUUCACGGUCUCUUCUCCUUCCUCGCUUUCUCGCCUCCCUUCUCGUCGUCGUCCUCCUCGAAGAUUAUGGAAGCGCCGGGCAGUAGGUCGGAGAUGCCACAGCUCCGCGAGUACAGCGGCAGCUACCUGGUGUCUCGGCGGGUCUACAGCGAGCUCGCCUUCCAGCAGCAGUACGAGCGGCGCCUGCAGGAGCGCAGGACGCUGCGGGAGCGACUGGCCACGAGCUGCAGUUGCUCAAGAAAGAGAGCCCUUGGUGUGCUGAAGAGUAUCCUACCCAUCUUGGACUGGCUCCCCAAAUACCGAAUCAAGGAAUGGCUGCUUAGUGACAUCAUUUCAGGAGUUAGCACUGGGCUAGUGGGUACACUGCAAGGAAUGGCGUACGCACUACUAGCUGCGGUUCCUGUUGAAUAUGGUCUCUACUCUGCUUUUUUCCCUAUCCUGACAUACUUUAUCUUUGGAACAUCAAGACACAUCUCAGUUGGACCUUUCCCAGUGGUCAGUUUGAUGGUGGGAUCUGUUGUUCUGACCCUGGCCCCAGAUGAAAACUUUCUCAUACCCAGCAGUAAUGGAACUGCACCAAAUGCUACCAUGAUUGACAGUGUGGUGAGAGAUGGAGAAAGAGUAAUUAUUGCGAGCACCCUUACUCUUUUGGUUGGAAUCAUACAGUUGGUAUUUGGAGGUUUGCAGAUUGGAUUCAUCGUGAGGUACUUGGCAGAUCCCUUGAUUGGCGGAUUCACAACAGCUGCUGCCUUCCAAGUGCUGGUCUCACAGCUAAAGAUCAUCCUCAACGUUCCAACCAAAAACUACAAUGGAGUUCUGUCCAUUAUCUACGAGGAAGAAAACAUUGAAAAGUUCUGCCCAGAUGAAAAACUCACUAGGUUCUUGCCUCCUGCCCUGCCACCUGUCAGCUUGUUUUCUAAGAUGCUGACUGCAUCAUUUUCGAUCGCUGUGGUGGCUUACGCUAUUGCAGUAUCUGUAGGAAAAGUAUACGCCAUCAAGUAUGAUUACACCAUCGAUGGGAACCAGGUAUGGUCACCCUUUUGUGGACCCGUGCAGGUUAUCUGGGUGUUUACGUGCAUAAUGUCCAUCAUUCUGGGGCUGGACCUUGGUUUAUUAGCUGGUCUCAUCUUUGGAUUACUGACUGUGGUCCUGAGAGUUCAGUUCAACAGAAUGAAGAAUACCAGGUACAUGGUAGGACCGGAAAAGCCAGGCAUUAUCAAGAGGUUAGAGCAGGAAACAGGUCAGGCAUCUCAGACGUCAAGGAUUGGGGAGCAUAUUGAAGAACUGGAAGGAAUGAAGAUUAUUAGGUUUUCUAGUCCUAUUUUUUAUGGCAACGUCGAUGGUUUUAAAAAAUGUAUCAAGUCCACAGUGGGAUUUGAUGCCAUUAGAGUGUAUAAUAAGAGGCUGAAAGCACUGAGGAAAAUACAGAAACUCAUCAAAAAAGGACAAUUAAGAGCAACAAAGAAUGGUAUUAUAAGUGAUGUUGGCGCAUCGAAUAACGCUUUUGAACCUGAUGAAGAUAUUGAAGACUCAGAAGAGCUAGAUAUCCCAACCAAGGAAAUAGAGAUUCAAGUGGAUUGGAACUCUGAUAUCCCAGUGAAAGUGAAUGUUCCCAAAGUGCCAAUCCAUAGCCUCGUGCUUGAUUGCGGAGCUAUAUCUUUCCUGGAUGUUGUUGGAGUGAGAUCGUUGCACGUGAUUGUCAAAGAAUUCCAAAGAAUUGAUGUAAAUGUGUACUUUGCAUCGUUUCAAGAUCAUGUGAUAGACAAGCUGGAGAAAUGUGGUUUCUUUAAUGAUAACAGAAAGGACAUAUUCUUUUUAACCGUCCAUGAUGCUGUCCUCCACGUACAGAACGAGGUUAAAUCCCGAGAGAUUCAAGAUUCCCUUUUAGAAACGAUCUCCCUCAUCCAAGACCAUAAAGAUUGUCUUGAAUUAAUGGAAGCAGAGCUGAUUGAAGGAGACCUUAACAUCGAGGAUGAGGCUAUGCGCAGACUUGCUUCUUGAAAGUGGGCUCAGGGGGUCACUCGAGUUUAACCACCUGUGUAAUUCUAUGCAAGCAUCUUCUGCACUAUUUCUUUGAACUUGAAACACUCAUUCUUUUUCCAUUAGAUUUUUUUAAAUCUUUGAUUUUUUUUAACCUCUUAGUCAUUGAAAGAGAAGCACUUAAGAUUGUUUCUAGGCUUUAUUUAUAAAAUAAAUAGCCUACUUCUAAAAUGUGCAAAAUGGUGAGAAGAAUUAUCCAGGUGAUUUAGCCAUGUCCAGGCUCCACUGAUGUUAUGUUUCCGGACCCACAUGCCAGAUUCACUGACAGUGUUCACGUGGGUACCCAGGUGCCUUAGUUUAGUUGUGGUAAGUGGGACCCAAUAGCCUCUCUGGGCAGGUGAGUCAGGAAGGAUUAUCAUAAGGAAAAUCUGUUUCUGCCUGGCCUUGAUACCUGUGAGCUGCACUGAUCACAAUAUGUGGGCACACUGAGUAAUGCUGGAAUAAAAUUGCUAGUGUAGUUAUCAGUCAAAGCCUUCAAAAAUCACUUUUGGUAAAUAUGUCAAAAAAGUCUUUAAAAUGCAAAUUUGGUUAGUACUUAAUAAUAAUGAAUGCUACAUGUGACCAUGUCUGUAACCAGAAUUAGAAUCAAGAAAAUGGUUCACUUAGAAGCUACAGAAGUGGGCUGAUGUAUUUGGAGAAAUGAAGCAAUAAGAUCAUUGUGGUUUAUAAAAAUCACUUUUUGAUAUGAUAAUCAUGGAUCAUAAUUAAGAUCAAAUAAAAUAUAUGAAAGUCUGUUUCUAGUCUCAAAGUGCAAUUUUAACUUAGUUUAUACAAAUGAUCACUGUGUAGAGGUACAUAGUGGUAUGGUCUAUUUAAAAUCUAACACAAAGAUUGUGUUAUUUUGAACAAAAACCAAUUUUGAUAUUUAUAAGACUGGUGAUUAAAACAAAUGUAUUUUUUCUCUAAAAUUUUAGCAGCAUGAAAAUAAGUGAUUGUUAACUGAAUUCUGACUACCUUUCAAAAGAAAUCUUAAAAAGUAAACAGUCUGAAUGUAAAUCUAUGUUUAAAAUGAUUGUUUUUGAUAAAACAUUCUAAAUGAACUCAAUAGCAAAAGAAAAAAUUAGUUUCAGAGUAUACAC